AUGGCCACCACCACCACCGCUCCCCGCCUUGUCGUCUGCGGCGGCAACGGCUUUCUUGGCUCCCGUAUCUGCAAAUCCGCCGUCUCUCGUGGCUGGACCGUAACGUCCAUCAGCCGCUCAGGCACCCCCGACUGGAUACUCGCCACGGGCACCCCUACACCACCCGAAUGGGCCGCUAAGGUCACCUGGGCCAAGGGCAACAUCCUCAUCCCGUCCAGCUACCGCCAGCACCUCGUCGGCGCGACCGCCGUCGUUCACAGCAUGGGCAUCCUGCUCGAGGCCGACUACAAGGGCGUUAUCAGUGGGAAGGAGUCGCCGAUCACGGGGUUGCGCAAGGCGUUUGAUCCCUCAGUUGGCAGGGCGCAUAACCUACGUGAGGAGGGCGAUAGCGCGCAGUUGAGUUAUGAGACGAUGAAUCGGGAUUCUGCAAUCACACUCGCCGAAGAAGCGCUCUCCGCAACCAACACCGUUAAAACCCUCCUCUACGUCUCUGCCGCCGCGGGCUCCUUCGCCCUCCCCUCGCGCUACAUCUCGACCAAGCGCGAAGCCGAAGCGGGCAUCCAGAAGCUGUCGGAGAACGGCCAGAAGUUCCGUCCCUUGUUUUUGCGGCCCGGGUUUUUGUAUGACUCGUCCCGGACGGUGACGAUGCCGCUGGCGGGGCUGAUGGGCGUGACGUCGGCGGUGGAUGGGCUCGUGGGCGGACGGCUGAAGGGGAUGUUGGGCGCGGCUGCGUAUAAGCCGUUGAGGGUGGAUGUAGUGGCGGAUGCGGCGGUGGAGGCGAUUGCGGAGGAGGGUGUGAGUGGGGUGGUGGAUGUGGGUGAGAUUGAGAGGUUGAGUGGGAAGGUGUGGAGGGCGGGGAUGUUGUAG